UUUUUUUACUCACAAUGUUUUAUUUCAUGAUUUAUAGGUGUUUUAUUUUAUUCCCAUUUAAUUAUUCUUAAAAACCUGGCGCUAAAGUCUGCUUCAUUCAUUUCGAAGAACCAAGAUGGCUGCGCCCAUGUACUAGUCCUGAGUGAAGCAGCUAUGUAAUCGUGAAUAGUAGAGCUUUUGAUCAAAUGCCCUAGGUUGACACAACUUUGUGAACUUGGUGAGCGUUGACCCUGCACACACUGUCAAGAUGCAAAGAUCGGUGAAUCUUCUCCACCAGAUGGCCAUAUUCAUGACCGUGCUGACGGGAGGAGGUUGUGGAAUGAUGUAUUAUUUAAUGCAGAAGAAUUUUGCCCAGGCGGAGUAUUAUCGCUUAGCCCUGGAACAACUAAAUGGCCACUCAACAGCCAUGGCUGGUCUGGGUGCCCCUCCACUCAAGGUCCACAACCUGCACCUGUCUGACAGAUACAACCGCAUGGACCACACCAGAGCACAGAUCAAAAUUCCUGUGACUGGAUCCAAAACUGGUGGAUAUCUCUUUGCCACAUCUGUCAGAGACCCUUUCAAGAACAGGUGGCAUCUUGAGGAGGUCGUGCUGCAGCUCAGGGAAGGUGAGCGUAUCCAGGUUUUCACACCUGAACCAGAGAAAAGUGAAUAGAGCUGGUGGCAAUAGCAGAAACAGAACCAGCUUUCAACAAAUCUACACUUCUUCAGUCAAUCCGUGACUCCUGUGUAGCUGUACAAAACUGUGCAGUGUAUUGUAUACUGGCAUGUCUGAGUCCUCCAUUGGUUCCAUAUGGAACCAGGUUCAAAGCUUACAGUGAGAUGGCAUGUCAGCCAAUGAAAAGGCUGUUGAUAUGUACAGAACUCUAAGGACUUGGCUGAAAAUAAAAAAAAGACGCCUGAGUGAAAAAGAUGAUGCAGGCAUCCUUCAGCUGAGGUGAUGUUCAUGAUUAAAAAGUCUUUGUGAAAGAUA